AUGGCUACAACGACGACAAGAACGCUGGAAGGCUGCUUCGACCGCCUUUCAGUCAACGACGAGAAUGAUCCUGGUGAGAACACGCGGCUGUAUCAAAAGACAAAACCGGUCAACCCCAGCCAAAGUGCCAGGCCAAACCUGCUCAAGGUUGCUCUGCAAGCACAACACGCCAACACCGUUAUCACAACCGUCAACCUUCCCUCGCAAGCGGCCCAACGAAAGGGCACCGCUCCCCCGACCAACCCCGUCUCACCGAAAAAGGAGAAGCCGUCAUCAUUAUCAUCACGCCCCUCCGAUGAAGAUGGUCUCGACAGCACCUCUUCCUACGUCGACCAACCUCUCGUCCCGAAGCAAUUCCAUCUCGGCAUGUUUGAGAUUGGCCGCCCUCUCGGAAAGGGCAAGUUCGGCCGCGUAUACCUUGCGCGUGAGCGCGGCACCGGCUUCAUCUGCGCGCUGAAGGUGCUCUACAAGUCCGAACUGCAGCAGGGCACUGGCGUCGAGAAGCAGGUCCGCCGCGAGAUUGAGAUCCAGAGCAAUCUGCGUCACCCCAACAUCCUCAAGCUGUACGGGCACUUCCACGACAGCAAGCGCAUCUUCCUCAUCCUGGAGUUUGCUGGCAAGGGCGAGCUGUACAAGCACCUGCGCCGCGAGAGCCGCUUCCCCGAGUGGAAGGCCGCGCAAUAUAUCGCCCAGAUGGCGGCGGCGCUGCGUUACCUGCACCGCAAGCACGUCAUCCACAGGGAUAUCAAGCCUGAGAACAUCCUGGUGGGCAUUCACGGCGAGAUCAAGAUCUCGGAUUUCGGAUGGAGCGUACACGCCCCCAACAACAGGCGCAACACCCUCUGCGGUACUCUCGACUACCUCCCGCCAGAGAUGAUCAAGUCCGGCAGCAAGGACAACUGGUACAAUGAGAAGGUUGACCUGUGGAGCUUGGGCGUCUUGAUGUACGAGUUCCUGGUCGGUGAGGCGCCGUUCGAGGACACGCCCAUCAUGACGCACAAGCGAAUCGCGAGGGCCGAUAUGACCAUUCCGGAGUGGGUGAGCAAGGAGGCCAAGGACCUGAUCAAGAAGCUCUUAGUGCUCGACCCGGAGAAGCGGCUUCCCCUUGAGGAGGUCCAAAACCAUCCCUGGAUCAUCAAGCAUUGUGUGAAGGGCGAGCGGGCGGCCAACAGGGAGAAGCCUGUCAAAUAA